AUGUCUGAAAUCACCGCAGCUCGUUAUGGCAAGGACAAUGUCCGGGUCUACAAAGUACACAAGGAUGAGAAGACCGGAAUUCAGACGGUGGUCGAAAUGACCGUCUGCGUUCUGUUGGAGGGAGAUAUUGAGACCUCCUACACCAAAGCCGACAACAGCGUCAUUGUUGCAACUGACUCCAUCAAAAACACCAUCUACAUCCUAGCCAAGCAGCACCCCGUCACCCCUCCCGAGCUAUUCGGUUCCAUCCUGGGCACCCACUUCAUACAGAAGUACCCUCACAUCCACGCCGCCCACGCUCACAUCAUCACCCAUCGUUGGACGCGGCUGAACAUCGACGGCAAACCACACCCGCACUCGUUCGUGCGCGACAGCGAGGAGAAGCGCAACGUGCAGGUGGACGUGGUCGAGGGUCGGGGAAUUGACAUUACCUCAUCGCUGUCCAAGCUCACCGUGCUCAAGAGCACCAACUCGCAAUUCUGGGGAUUCCUGCGUGACGAAUACACCACGCUCAAGGAGACCUGGGACCGUAUCCUGAGCACCGACGUCGAUGCCAGCUGGAAGUGGAAGACUUUCGGCGGCUUGGACGAGGUGCGCGACCACAUCCCCAAGUUCGAUGCCACCUGGGUGCAUGCCCGCGACGUUACCCUCAAGACCUUCGCCGAGGACAACAGUGCUAGUGUCCAGAAUACCAUGUACAAGAUGGCCGAGCGGAUUCUGGCCUAUCAACCCUUGGUGGAGACGGUCGAGUACUCCCUGCCCAACAAGCAUUACUUUGAGAUCAAUCUGGACUGGCACAAAGGACUCCAGAAUAUCGGCAAGGACGCGGAGGUGUUUGCUCCCCAGACUGAUCCUAACGGCUUGAUCAAAUGCACUGUGGGACGGUCGUCACGGAAAUCUAAAUUGUAA